UUUUCCUAAGUAAAUAGCUUCUUGGCCUUUUUUCCCCUCAUAUUUAUUUUUCCUGCGUUAACCUCUUCGCACGAAGCUUCAAAGCAAAAGAUGAAAACGUAAAACGCAGCGUCACAGACCCACAUAUUCUACACACAGACUCUAACGAACAAGAUCGAAGAAACCCUAAAAUUUCGAGAUUGAAUUUGAAUCUUCUCAAAACCCUAAUUUUACCGCAGAUUCUGUUCCUUCAACCAGAUCUCGAAAUCAUGGAGAAAGAGUUCAAAAUCCCACCGGUAUCUUUUGCAUCCGCCGGAAACCCAUCUAUCGGCGACCCAAAUAACCAACAACGCCGCGUACCAAGACCGCCGUUUCAACCUAACUCCGGAAUCCCUUUCAUGUCAUUCGACAUUGGUUCCGCCGCCGUUUCCACCUCCUCCGGUCCUAUAUACUCCGGCCCCGGCAUCGGUGGUGGUUCCGUCAACUUUGACGACGAGGAGCCUCUUCUCGACGAACUCGGUAUUCACCCAGAUCAAAUCUGGAGCAAAAUCAGAUCGGUUCUUAACCCGUUUCGUGUGAACCACACUGUGCACAAAGACGCUGAUCUAUCCGGUCCUAUUCUUCUCUACAUGGCCUUUUGCCUAUUCCAAUUACUCGCCGGAAAAAUUCAAUUUGGUGUGAUAUUAGGUUGGAUCGUGGUUUCUUCGAUCUUGUUAUACGUUGUUUUCAACAUGCUGGCUGGUCGAACCGGGAAUUUGGAUCUGCAUACCUGCACCAGCGUUGUCGGUUACUCUAUGUUGCCGGUGGUGAUUUUCUCUGCACUGUCGCUUUUUCUUCCACAGGGAGGUUUCCUUGGAAUCUCGAUCGCUGCAGUUUUCGUUUUAUGGGCCACUAGGGCUUCCACGGGUCUGGUGGUUUCUCUCACUGAUGGCGGCGAUGAACAUCGUGGGUUGAUAGCGUACGCUUGUUUCUUGAUUUACACUCUGUUUUCGUUGCUUGUUAUAUUCUAGAGAGUGUUUAAGAGCUGAAAUUGGUUGGAUGAAAGUGCUUAUAUUUUUGGAUUUAGUGAACAUUUAUUUUCUUCUCACCCUGCAUUAUGAACCUUGUGACAUUCUAUUUCAGUCAUAUGAUGAUAUAGAAAAUGAAAUUAUUGCA